AAUUUAUAUUUAUAUUUAUAUUUAUAUGUGUGUGUGUAAUUUAAUAAUGGGAGUAGUUUAUUCUCCGUUUCUCAACCUAACCCCAUUGAGCAAGUCCUCCUCAUGAUGGCAGGAAAUUUAACAAAUUGAAAUUCGAAAAAAACAGCUCACCAUUUUUACUUUGAUUUUUUUUUUGGGGGUUAAUUCAAUGAGGGGGAAAGGGAAGCAUGAGCGGCGGUGGGGCUCCGACUCGGGGAAUUCAGCCAGCGGAGGAUCCUCGCCGCGGACGGAAUAUUCCUGCGAUUCGGCGGCGGACGCGUCGGAGUUCGUGGAGGUCACGCUCGAUCUCCAGGACGACGACACCAUCAUCCUGCGCAGCGUCGAGCCGGCCACGGUCAUCAGCAUCGACGGCAAUGACGUCAUUUCCGGAUUCGCCGGCGUCGAGGCUCCGAAUCCGGCGUCGGCUUCCACUUCCCGAUCGCCGACCAUGCGCCGGAGCGCUUCCAAUAGGCUGCUCCAAUUUUCUCAGGAGCUGAAGGCGGAGGCGCGUGCUAAGGCGAAGCAGUUCUCCCAGGAGCUGAGAAGGUUUUCGUGGAGCCACGGGCACGCGUCGCGGAUACUCUCCGGCAUCGGCGUCGGCGUCGCCGCCGGCGUCGGCGGAGGCGGAGGCACCGGCGGCUUGGAUUCGGCGCUGGCGGCGAGGGCGAUGCGCCGGCAGCGGGCGCAACUAGAUCGCUGCCGCUCCGGCGCUCAGAAAGCUCUCCGGGGUUUGAAAUUCAUCAGCAACACUAAAAACAACCGCGUCGAUGCCUGGAACGAAGUCGAGAGAAACUUCGAGAAGCUCGCCAAAGACGGUUACCUGUACAGCACCGAUUUCGCCCAAUGCAUAGGGAUGAAAGAUUCGAAGGAAUUUGCAUUAGAAUUGUUCGAUGCAUUAGGCAGACGACGAAGAUUGAAAGUUGACAAGAUCAGCAGAGAUGAACUCUACGAAUUUUGGUCCCAAAUUACCGAUCAAAGUUUCGAUUCCAGGCUCCAGAUUUUCUUCGACAUGGUAGACAAAAAUGAAGAUGGUCGAAUCACCGAAGAGGAGGUUAAGGAGAUUAUUAUGGUAAGUGCCUCUGCAAACAAAUUGUCGAGAUUAAAAGAGCAGGCGGAGGAGUACGCGGCUCUGAUCAUGGAAGAGUUAGACCCCGAAAGGCUUGGAUACAUUGAGGUAAAUUUCCGGACUCUCCUAAAUGCUACACCUGAUAAAUUAAUUCACGUCGUUUUCCAAGUUUAAUUUACUAAAAUUUAUUUAAUUUAACCAAUCCAGAUAAGCAUUUUGCUGCAUUAAAUGACAUUAUUAUUAUUAUUAUUUAAGGUUAGAUGUUGCCUUGCAAGUUACAAAAUCAUCGAGUUGCUGGUCAAAUUAGCCUUGUACUACUUAGAUAAGAUAUUUUUAGUACCGAUUAAUUGUACCAUUAAUUGCUUCUACACCAACCGCAACACAUAGUACCGGUGACAGAACCAGCAUAGAGCCAU